UUCAAUGAGCGCCGUGUGAGGCCCCACCCCGUCUCUCUCUGCUUCAGUUCAGCGCUUGUCUAUCUCCUUCAAUGUAGGCUACUAUUCUCGGAGAGAGAGAGAGAGAGAGAGAAAAUAAUAACCUCCAAGAAUCGGUUAUUCCUGUCUUUCACCUUCCACGACCAAAGCGCGCAGGAGGGGAGCGGCCUUCGCGGUGGGAAAAUGAGCUGCUACAACAACCACCAGGCGUCCUUUUUCUUGUGAAUGUAAAUGCACAUGCAAGCUUGUAGCCUUGCCUCGGAUUCAAGAGGAAAAAAUACAUAUAUAUAUAUAUAUAUGUUUGUUUGCAUGAGAGUGUGUGGCCUUAUGUAGGCUAUAUACAAACUGAGCCUUGACAGCAGGAGGGUUUUGCUUUUUCACCUGCAAGAAACGUGGACAUUUUCGAGGGAUUUUUCACAUUUUUUUUAAAUGUUUUUUUUUUCUUCUUUCUUAAAAAAAGGAGAUUCAUCUGAGCCGAGCUGAGAAGGGGAAUUAAAAAAAAAAAAAAAGUAUCUGUGCGCAUUUUUUUGUGGAGGCUCGGUGGUGAUGUGAAGAGCUGAUAACACAUUUCAGCAACAAAAGCGAGAGAGAGGCAGAGAGAGAGAGAGAGAAGGCCUCUUUUUGGAGGAGAAAACACACAGCAAGGAACAGCCAUCACACAUAAGGAGGACAGGGUGGUACUGGGUCGGUUCUGAGUUGGAGGUGGUGGAGAGAUCCAGAAGAAAAGACAAAAGCGCAGUGAGUUUUUGGAGCUGUUUUGGGUUGAUUUGACGCAGCGAAUGGAGGAGAGGAGCCGGAUGACGACGGAAGCGAUGAGAAUAUCACACAUGUAGCUCUUUUUGUAAAUAUUAUUUCCCUUUCCUCCUCCUAUCCUGCUUACCCCCCUCCACACAGACGUCUUGGACACAGAGACAUAGAGAGUGUGCAACCUAUGGACAUGUUUAUCAUGAGAGGAGACGUGGAAUCGAGCCGCGCCACAGACCGGGCGAGGUUUUCGGACACGCCGAGUUUGGCUCCUUGUCGCGGGCAGCAGUGAGACGCAAGACCCGGGCUUUUUUUUUUUUUUUUUUUUUUUUUUUUUUGGAGAUGCAAAUUAGGCUGAUUAUUCUGCCUCCGUUUGAGGUGAAACCCCGGUUUUUUGUGGAUUACAGUUGUUAACACACAGGGAGGUGGUGCAGAGAGUAUAUAUAUAGAGAGAGGUGGAGAAAACAAAACUAUAACUGCAUGUGAAGGAGAAAAAAAAAAAAAAGCCCGAGUAGGAUUCAGCAAGGCGGCCUCGGCUCGGUGUCGUCAGCAACAGUAUCCUGCCCUUUCUCUCUCUUGACAGCACAAAAUACGCGUUAUGGACACAUAAUUUCUACAGUGCCGCACCACGGACAGGUUUUAUGGUGUAAAUGUGGGUGACAUUGCUGCCAAAUCCGCAUGUCAAACGAGGGGAUCUAGACUAGUUUAUUUAUUUUUUUGCUUUCCACAUACCCCCCUCCACCUCCACUUCUUCUUCUUCCUCCUCCUCCUCCCCUGGACCCCCUUUUUCUUUUUUCUUCUGGGAAGAUGGGUUGUUUGGGCAACAGUAAGACCGAAGACCAGAGAAAUGAGGAGAAGGCACAAAGAGAAGCAAACAAAAAGAUAGAGAAGCAGCUCCAAAAAGACAAACAGAUAUACAGAGCAACACACAGACUACUGCUAUUAGGAGCUGGAGAGUCAGGAAAGAGCACCAUAGUGAAACAGAUGAGGAUACUACAUGUCAACGGCUUCAAUGCAGAAGAGAAGAAGCAGAAAAUUCACGACAUCAAGAAUAAUAUUAAAGAGGCCAUUGAGACCAUAGUAACGGCUAUGAGCACCCUGGCUCCACCGGUGCAGCUGGCGUGCCCACAGAACCAGUACCGGAUCGAAUACGUCCUCAACCUCGUCAGCCAGAAGGACUUUGAGUUUCCAUCUGAGUUUUACGACCAUGCGAAGACGCUGUGGCAGGAUGAGGGGGUCAGGGCGUGCUACGAGAGAUCCAACGAGUACCAGCUAAUCGACUGUGCACAAUACUUUCUAGACAAGAUUGACAUUGUGAAACAGAAUGACUACACUCCAACAGAUCAGGAUUUGCUGCGGUGCAGAGUUCUGACUUCAGGUAUCUUUGAGACAAGAUUCCAAGUGGACAAAGUUAAUUUCCAUAUGUUUGAUGUUGGCGGUCAGAGAGACGAACGCAGGAAAUGGAUUCAGUGCUUUAACGAUGUAACGGCCAUCAUCUUCGUGGUGGCCAGUAGCAGUUACAACAUGGUGAUCAGAGAGGACAAUCAGACCAACCGUUUACAGGAGGCCCUCAACCUCUUCAAGAACAUCUGGAACAACAGGUGGCUGCGGACCAUUUCUGUCAUCUUGUUCCUAAAUAAACAGGACCUGUUAGCAGAGAAGGUGCUGGCAGGGAAGUCCAAAAUCGAGGAAUACUUUCCUGAAUUUGCUCGCUACACCACACCUGACGAUGCGACACCAGAGCCGGGAGAAGAUCCACGUGUUACAAGAGCAAAGUACUUCAUAAGAGAUGAAUUCCUGAGGAUCAGCACAGCAAGCGGGGACGGGAGGCACUACUGUUACCCCCACUUCACCUGCGCCGUCGACACAGAAAACAUCCGCCGCGUCUUCAACGACUGUCGAGACAUCAUCCAGAGGAUGCACCUGCGGCAGUACGAGCUGUUGUGAUGGGAGAAAAAAACAAAACACAUCGGACUAUGAAAAACCCUGAGUCUCUGAACUCCCCUCUUCCACAGAAGUGUGUGAGCUCUUGUGAAGGAACGGGGGCCAAAACGCACGCGCACACACACACACACACACACCCACAUACACACACUUACAGUAAACACACCCAGAACUUCCCCUGAUGCAAACACCCUACCUGCAGCAGACAGAGCUGUUUUGAUGGAGGGGUUUUAGGGGCUAACACAUAAACGGACUCUUCAGCCAUAACUCCCAGCUCCACACCUCUGGACAUCAUAUAUCGUCCCCGUACACGUUACCCGUUCUAGAAACCCCCGAGCAGCCCAGUCUGGACUGUAUUUCCUGCAGUGAGGAGGAGGAUGAGAUUGUGAGACUUCCCUCUUGUUGAGGUUGAAAUCCGAGCGAGCUACUACUUCAGUGUAACUGAGAAAGAGAUUGAAUUACUGCAAACAGAGAAUGAACAUCUCACAACAGAUCAGCUGAACACUGUAUCUGACAAAAAAAAACAAAAAGCACUGUGCUCAGGACUCAAACCGUGUACACCAAUCCUCCCUAUCACUUACACACACAUCAAUGAAUCCCACCACAGGAUCUGCUUGCACACAGAAACGUAUCACACCUGCUUUUUACUGGCCUGCACAACCCGGGCUGGAAACGUACUGAACUUGCCAACGAGUGGCAGGCUGGUCGAGCUGUCGGCUGAUUUUUUUUUUUCCCCGGCUUUGAGAUUAAACAGACUGCGCAGCCGAGCCCCGAGGAGCGGCGUUACCGACAGACUAAACGGACCAGCGGGGGGGCGGGGGUUCACAAAAAAAACAGGACAGAGCCGACUCCGAUGUGAAUUUCUCUGACGGAGUCUUUGACGACGACAGUCCCUCGACUUCUCCACAGAACUGUUUCGCCACCUGUUGGCCGUGGAGCAAAACGUGAGGAGGAUACAUUGAGUUUAAAACAAAAAAAAAAAAAGCCAACUUUUAUGGAGCUUAACUAACGGAGGGCAUCCUUCUACAGUACAGUACCAUAUAAGUUAAAGAGAACUCUCAUCUUGUCAUGAUUGACCCUGUUUUACUGUCUCCACAGCUGUUUUUUGUCUGUGUAGACUUUUGUGCCAUUGUGCCCUGUGCGCUCUCUUUCUUCAUCUUUACUCUCUCUGUCUCUGUCUCAUUUUUUCACCCCUGUUCUUCCUCCUCCUCCUCCGAUGAUUUUACAUUUCUCCCGCUCUCUCUCUCAUUCCCCUCCACCCCCCCCCGCCUCCUCACCACCACCUUCCCAUCUACACUUCUACCUUCCUGGCUCUUUUGUUUUAAGAGAAAAUAAAAUAUAAUAAUCCUGGAAUAUAAAAAAAAAAAAAAGACAACAAACGGGACACUAAUUAUUAUAAUUUUUUUUACUCAUGUGGUCAAACAGCCGGCUCACACCUCCUCCCUGCCAUUCUCCUCCCAUCUUUCCUCCUCUCUCCUCCUUCCUCCCCGACCUCUUGCUCCUCUGUAUGUCUGUCUUUACAUUACUGCUGAACUAUUAUUCUUGUACAGACUGUAACAUGUAUUAUUUUGUACAACUUUAUUGAAAAAAAUAACUUUUAGAAGAUCCCUGUGCCUUGAUCACGACUGUACGUGUGUAAUGAGCUAAAGUGGGUGUCAUACUGCGCUGUGUAGCUUGGCCAAUCCCCUCCUAACUCCCAGCCUCCCUCGCCACUUCCUUCUCUCUCUCUUUCUUUAUCCCCCUCUCUCUCACUCUCUCUCUUUCUCUCUCUCUCCCUCUCCUCUCUCCUCUGUCUCUCUCUCUCUCUCUCUCUCUCUCUCCUCUGGGACGGAGGACAAACCAUUCGUAGCUUUUUUGUAGUUUUAUUUCUCUCCCCUAUCCUUCCAUUCUCUCUUUAUGAUUUAAAUGUCUAUUUUUGAAUCCAUAUACCCCAAAAAGAUAAAUAUAUGAAAUGUAUAUGGGUUUUAAAAAAAAGUAUUUUAUUAGAAUCAAAUGACAAAUUGUACACUUGAUAGUGUGCGUAUUGCUAUAACUUAAAUCCUUUCAACUGAAGUUGUGUUCAGGUUUCUUUUGUUUUCUUUCUUUGACAUCGGCAGAGGACAUGUUGAAGGGUUACAGAGGAGAUGCAAAACAUUGCUUGUUUCUACACAAAUCGUAUUCUUUUGCUAAAAAAAGGCCCAAAAAAAAAGACAAAAAAAGAUUAAUUUCAGUUUAUUUUCUGAUGAGGGAGGGAGGAAAGGGGGGGUUCCUCCUUCCUAGCCUUGCACAGCAGAGGCGGCCUGUACAGUAUUAGCAUCUCUCUCCUUUCAGUGCCCUAGUCUUCAUUUAAUGUGUACAUCAAAUAUGGCUCUCUACUUUCUGAACAGAUGCUCUAAAGAAAUAAAGGUGUUUUUUUUGGUGCAGACA